UUGUUUCUACUCUCCAGAGUGUCAGCUAGUUAUGUGUGGGGAGGCGCUGUAGCCAUUUCGCCACAAGAAAGCCCGAUGAGCUGAACGACCAACAUCCGAGUUGUUCGUGGAGAAGAGAAAUCUGCUUUGGGGAGCUCCGCGCGCACAAAGACGUACACGAACUCGCGCGCACAGACGCACGGCGCGCAGACACGUACACUUCCUUCUCCUCCGCCGUGGAAAAAAGACAGAGAGAAGAACAGAGAGAGGGCACACGAAACGCAAACUUCCAACUCUCCCAUGUGGAAAGCCGAGGUUUGAGGAUAAGGUAUAUUUUUCCUCCUCGGGGCUCCGUUCCUCCCCCCCCCCUCUCUCCCCCUCUCUUUAUCCCUCUUUAAGCGUUUUUGCCCGGAUAGUUGUGUUUCUAUGAGAGUCUUGCUUGGCGAGAAGAGAAGUUUGGUUGUUUGCCUGGUCGGCUGAGGAGGAGGAGGAGGAGGAGGACAAGAGUCGGGUUAAAAGUGGGGGAAGAUGGUCCGCAACGCCGCUUGGAGAAGAAGCUUGCUGUGCAUCCUGGCGCUCAGUCUCAGCUUUGCGUGUCCGCCGUGCAAUGCUCGGAUUUACACCAACCACUGGGCAGUCAGGAUAGCCGGUGGACCCGAUGUGGCCGAGUGGAUAGCGGAUAAAUAUGGCUAUAGGAACAUGGGACAGAUCGGGGAUCUCAAAGAUCACUAUCACUUCUUCCAUAGCCGGACCAUCAAGAGGUCGACGUUGUCCAGCCGUGGUCGCCAUAGUUUCAUCUCCAUGGAGCCCAAGGUGGAGUGGAUACAGCAGCAGGUGGUGAAGAGGAGGAUCAAGAGGGAUUACAAACCAGCCCCGCCCCUUUCCCUGACAAGCCCCGCCCAAAGCAACCCGGCCCAGAACAACAUAUUCUAUAAUGACGCCAAGUGGAGCAGUAUGUGGUACAUUCACUGUAACGACGACGUUCAUAACUGCCAGUCGGACAUGAACAUCAUGGGGGCGUGGAAGAGGGGCUACACGGGUAAAGACGUUGUGGUCACCAUACUGGAUGACGGCAUCGAGAGGAACCACCCAGAUCUCUUUCAGAACUACGACCCUCAAGCCAGCUUUGAUGUCAACGGCAACGAUAUGGAUCCCAUGCCUCGAUAUGACGCAACCAACGAGAACAAGCACGGGACACGGUGUGCGGGCGAAGUUGCUGCAGCCGCAAACAACUCCCACUGCAUUGUGGGAAUUGCCUACAAUGCCAGAAUAGGAGGUGUGCGAAUGCUGGACGGCGAUGUAACCGAUAUGGUGGAGGCCAAGUCUCUGAGCCUCCAGCCGCAGCACAUCGACAUCUACAGCGCCAGCUGGGGACCUGAUGAUGAUGGAAAGACCGUGGAUGGACCAGCGUCCCUGGCCAGGCAGGCCUUCGAGAAUGGCAUCCGCAUGGGGAGGAAGGGCCGUGGCUCCAUCUUCGUGUGGGCUUCAGGCAACGGCGGGCGCAGCAGAGACCAUUGCUCCUGCGACGGCUACACCAACUCCAUCUACACCAUCUCCAUCUCCAGCACAGCUGAGAGCGGACGCAAGCCAUGGUACCUGGAGGAAUGCUCGUCCACACUGACCACCACCUACAGCAGCGGGGAGAACUACGACAGAAAGAUUAUCACAACAGACCUGAGACAUCGAUGUACAGACAGUCACACAGGGACAUCGGCCUCGGCUCCCAUGGCUGCUGCCAUUAUUGCUCUGGCCCUGGAGGCAAAUCCUCUUCUGACAUGGAGAGAUGUUCAGCACAUAAUCGUAAAGACCUCUAGAGCCGGACAUCUCAGCGCCCCUGACUGGAAGACCAAUGCUGCUGGUUACAAUGUCAGCCACCUGUAUGGCUUUGGUCUGAUGGACGCUGAGGCGAUGGUGAAGGAGGCGGAGCGAUGGAAGCAGGUCCCUAGUCAGCACGUCUGUGUGGAGAGCGCAGACCGACAAAUAAGAACUAUCCGUCCGGAGCACGUGGUUCGGUCGGUGUACAAGGCAACAGGAUGCACUGAUAACCCCAACCACCACGUGAUCUACCUGGAGCAUGUGGUCGUACGUAUUACAAUCACACACCCUCGCCGUGGGGACCUGUCAAUCAAUCUCACCUCACCCUCGGGGACCAAAUCUCAGCUGCUUGCCAACAGGUUGUUUGAUCACUCCAUGGAGGGUUUUAAGAACUGGGAGUUUAUGACCACCCACUGCUGGGGAGAGAAAGCAGCAGGCGACUGGGUCCUAGAGAUCUAUGAUUCACCUUCUCAACUCCGCAGCCAAAAAGUACCCGGCAAGUUGAAGGAGUGGUCACUGGUGCUGUACGGCACCUCUGCGCACCCGUACUCGUCUCUGCGCAGCGAUAAGCCCCGCUCCACAGACAUGCUGACGCCCACCGAUGAGGAGUUCACAGAGGAGUACAUCGGCGCCUGUGACUCUGAAUGCAAUGAGAACGGCUGUGAAGGCCCCGGACCCCAUCACUGCAUCAACUGCCUCCACUACUUCCUCAAGUUCAAGAACAACACCAGGAUGUGUGUGUCGGAGUGCCCCAGUGGCUUUUUCCGUGACGAUAGGAAGCGCUGCAAGAAGUGCUCCUCGUUGUGUGAGACAUGCGUUGGGAGCCGUAGCGACCAGUGCACCACGUGCAGGGCUGGUUUCCACCUCAACGAGGGCUCCAACACGUGUGUCGCCAACUGUGGCGACGGCUUCUACCUCGACCUUGAUUCCAACAUUUGCAGGAGAUGUCCAGAGAACUGUAAGAAGUGCACUUCCUCCAAUAUCUGCACAGAAUGUAAACCUGGGAUGAGUCUUCAAGGAAACAAGUGUCAGAUGACCUGUGACCCUGGGACUUACUACAACGGCCACAGAAGGACUUGUGAGCCCUGUCAUCGGGCAUGUGCCACCUGCGCAGGCACAGGUAUAGAGGCGUGCACAAAGUGUGCAGAAGGCUACUUACUUGAGGACUGGCGGUGUGUGUUGACAUGCAGCACUGGCUACUACCUGUCAGAGCAGACCUCAGACAACGGGCAGGUGCAGAGGUCCUGUAAGAAGUGUGACCAUAGCUGCUACGAGUGCUUAGGGCCCGGUGAAAGGAACUGCAGCAGCUGUGUCAGUGGUUACAAUCUGGAGGCAGGAGCCUGUGUGGUCAGCACCAUCUGCAAAGAUGCAAAUGAAGAAUCUUGGGCGGAAGGCAGUUUCUGUGUGCUCGUUAAAAAGAACAAUCUUUGCCAGAGGAAAGUGCUGCAGCAACUGUGCUGCAGAACGUGCUCGCAAAAGGGCUGACGGGACGUACUCACUGGGCGUAAAGGGAGUGCGGGGGGGGUGUGGAGGCACAGGGGGCACCCCUCCUUCUCAAACCCCCCUGCUCACUCAUUCACAGUCACAUAAUUUAUAAGAGAAUCUGUGCCUCUUAAAGGGACUGCAUCGGAGGUGCGAUGGCAGGACUACAACAAACCUACCUUUUUCUGUACUGGGACACACACGUGGUCAGGGUGUAAAACGACUGGGACUUAUUUCAAGAACAAAUGAAAACAAAAGUGAAAACAAACAAAAGAAUAAAAGUGUCGGUAUUUUGUGACCAAAGCAUCGAUGCCAAAAUAAUUGAACCUUCUUUUUUGUUGCCAGUGUAGGAAGCAUAGCUUAAAAUGGAGCCACUUAGCCUGUGAAUCUCUGAAUACAUCUGUGUGCAUUUUUAUUUUGGCUCUUCUUCUUCCUCGCUUUCCAGUGUUAACGAUAAACAGAUGGGAAGUGAAUAUACAGUAGGAAAGGCCCUGGUUUUUCUGCCUGUAAAUAUACAUAAAAUAUAUUAAAAAAAAAAAGAAGAUAACUCAGUAAUGUGAAAAUAAUGACUGUCUGGGCUGACUUUGGCUGUGUAGGAAAGGGAAGACAAAUUCACACACAGGUAUACAUGCACACACAGACAAAGAUACAUAUGUACCACACACAUACUCUAAUAAACAUGAACUCGGACACAUAAAACAGCCACCACGAAGUUACAUACUAGAGUGUCACCGUAUCCCAAGACUGAUGCACGUUACUAACCAAAAUCACCUCAUUUCAUUUAUUUAAAAACAUAAACCUGCCCUCUGAAUAGUGUGUGUGUUUGUCUUUAUUGGUGUGCGUAAGUGAAUGCCAUUAAUUCUUAAUGUAAGCCCAGACAGCAUUGAUUCAUUCCAGAGGUUCUACAAGACGAGUCGAUAGUCAGUCCUUCCGGAGCUUUCUGCGGGAAAGGAAACGCUGCAGUGAGUUGUAAUGAAUUUGUGGUACUAGGGAUGCACCGAUGCCUAUUUUUCACUCAUGAUGCAGAUUCUGGAUUCUAAACAUUUUCCCAAAACUGAGUAUUGAUUCCAUCCGUUAUUGUGACAGAACAAUUUAAAGCUCCACCAUUACUUUGUUGUCACUGGAUUUAAUAAUUGAAAUAUAACUCGUAUUUGUUACAGGGAACUGCAAUUCUUCUGUGUUGGUUUGGUUUCCCACAUGCCAUAUGUAACCCCGAUAAAGGGAAUUUUGUCCAAUAAUUAUAUUCGAUCUGUAUCAGUGCAUCCCUACAUGUUACUGUUCUGAAAUAAAAUAGAGUUUUAGAAGGUUCUACUCUUCGUCAUUCCAUAUAAAGGCAAUGCAUAUCAACUGAAGUAUUGCUCCACACUUUCAACGCAGAAGGUCCGUGAUCGGCACAGAAAAUAUUCUGACGUUCGCAUGUUUCAUGUUCAGGUAAGGUCUCUGGCAGGCAGACAGACGGCAACCUGCUGUGGUGCAAAUCAGAGCUGUGAAAGUUUAGCUUUUAGGUGUUUCAGAAAUGGGAUUUUGGAAAUGUUGAUAUCGUAACACGUUUGGGAGUAGAACUUUGGAUUCUUCAACUGAAAACAAACCCAAUGAGUAAAUCAAUUAUGUUCUAUUUACAUUUUAACCUUUGGAACUGAAAGUGAACUGACGGCAUCGCUGCAGAAGAUGUGUCUGAAAUGUUAAAUCAUUAAAUCAUUCAGACAAAGCUGUACUGGUGUUGAGGCUGACGGACUGCAGAUGUCUGGUUUCUCCUUCUGUCUGUCCCUGGACCUUACCUGAUGAAACUCAAAUGGUUAUUCUGGUGGUGCUGGUUUCUCAUAAAGAACCGCAGUUAUAAUGUUUAAGAUUCUUAUUCUAUUUGUGUGGGUUGUCACACCUGCAACUUGAGCAUUUACAGUAUUAGAUGAAUUGUUGUGCUGUCAACUGGUUAUGGUUCUUGAUGAUUUGUAAUAAAGAUUGAUGACUCCCCUGUUUUGGUUAACAAAAACUUAUUCUUGGUCAUUGUUUAAGAUGACUUGAAUUGACUUUAGAUUGUGUGGUAGUAGAGGCACACAAACACACACACACACACACACCCCUCGUAUAAAAGCUGUUUUUAAUGUGUACCUGUGACAUAUCUGUGACGAUGCAUUAUUAAUGUUACUCAAAGUCCUAGUUUUGAAAAUCUUUUUUUACUUAAGUGUUCUUAUUAAAAUGUUUAAUCUGUU